ACACAUUUAAAUUGACUGAAAAUGAUUUGGAUUAUUUCUCAGUUGUAUUUCAUUCUUAUAUCCUUUUACUUGAAUACUUCCAUUCGCUCAGAUAAUGAGAUAUCUUCAUUGCAUCACAUUACCCGCUGAUUGGAAGAUCCAAUUUCUGCAUAUGCCUAUGUCAUCUUCGGGAUCAGAUGUUGUUUUAACCUAUCACAGUAACUUCCGUUUUUGGAGACAAUGAAGAAAUUAAUUUUCCUUGUUCUUGAGCCUUCCUCGACGGUUUUCAGAGAUUCAAAACAAUUUGCGUACAAACACAGGAGAAGUACUUUACAUGCCGUCACUGUCUUGCAUCAUAAUAUUGUUUUUCAGUCUAAAUAAAGAUGUCAACAUUUGAAUUUGUUCCUAGGCCAAACUUGUUAAAUGAGCUUGCCAUGGCUCAUACUUAGCCAUGGGUUACAAGGUGGCUGCAAGCUUAUUUUUCUGGAAUGAAACAGAUAUACUGUUUAUAAAGGUUUUUCCACCUGGUGGACGUUUCGAUAUCCAAAUUAAUUACACAAACGAACAGUCGACAGUAAGAAAUGGAGAUGUUUGCGACUUGCAGAUUAAUUAUUGUGAUGUUUUCAUAAAAUUUGAAAUGUAUGCAUUGAUUGGGAAGAAUUCAAGGUCACUUUUUCGCAAGACAACGGAUACCAAAUCAGAUACUCUCACAUAUCAAGCUUAUAUAUCACAAGAAAUAAAUGAAAGUUUACAUGAAUUGUAUCGCUUGGAACUACAUGUAUACGAUGAAGAUGUAUUUGAUGCACAUGAUCUCAUAACCUAUGCAAGUGGCUUGUAUCAACCGAAUACAAUGAGUACAUUUCAGAAAAUUCCGCUACAUUACAAACACCCAAGCACCUCCUUCAGCUUAAGUGUAUCCAUAAGACUAAAGUGUAAUCCAAAUUAUUAUGGAAUAAAGUGUAACGUGUACUGUUUUCCGCAUUCAUGGGCGUACAAAUGUAAUACUGAUGGGACAAAAUUGUGUACAGCUGGUAGAUACGGAGCUAAUUGUGAUUACGUUGAUUUUUGUAAGAUUUAUCCCUGCCCUAAGAACACGCGCUGCAAAAAUCUACCUGGAGAAAAUCGUCGUAAAUGCAUUUGUAAAAACUAUGAGGGUGCAGAAUGUCAUUCAUUUUAUUAUUCCUGCGAUCGAUCACCGUGUAAAAAUGGCGGUCAGUGUACCCUACUGCGUGAUUUUAUCGAAAAUGACAACACUGGUGUAUUGGUGAAUAAUGUUCAAAACAUUGAUGACGUCCCUGAAAAUACUGACGAUGAAACGAUAUGUAUUUGUCCAGAUAACUGGACUGGGCAGUUUUGUACGAAACCAGUUGUUGACUGUAUAGUAGAAAAUGAAAAGCAUGAACUUUCAGAUACAAGACGUACAAAUCGUUUUUGUUUAAACGGCGGGGUUUGUAUAAACCAUUCCAGUAAUGCAAGUGCUCGAUGCUCAUGUCCGCCUGAAUGGGAUGGAUAUUUUUGUGAAUUGAGUAAGGGAUGGUCUGUUGGGAAAGCCUUCGGAGUCGUUUUCACUGUCGUUAUUGCUAUCUUUUUAAUUCUUUUCAUUGGAUUCUUCGUUUGGCUAUACUUUUUAUCAAAACGCUCACACAUUCAAAGACGUUACGAAAUCACUUAUCCAUCCGAGUAUCAAUAUAAUGAUAUGAACGUCAAUAAAAAAACUAAUGGAAAUAUGAGAGUUUACACGAAGCCUAAAACAACCCUCUGCACUGCAAAUGAUGAACGUUCACCAACUGGUCUUCGCACAUUUGGUAAAGCUAUCAAUUCUGAAGUGAAUCCUUUAAAAGUACAGAAUGACUAUGAAAUACUGUAUACAACAGAAGGAAUAAACAAUAGUAAUGAUAAUAGCGAUUUCAUCAGUAAGAAUGAAGAGACUGAUUUUCAUAAAACACUUGAAACUUUCCCUCCAAGAGAUGGAAGUUAUGAUGAUGAUGAAAGUAUUUACGUCAAUUGUAACAGUCUGAUAUUAGGCAGAAAACAGAACAAUUCAUCCAGCGACUUUAAACUAAAUCCUUGAUGAGUAGUCUUUACGUUACACUUCAUUUAUUGAUAUCAAAUAAUGAAAUGUAAUCGGAGAAUUAUGUUGGAGACGACAUGACUAUCAUAAAUUCUUUUAUUUUUGGUUUAACUUAUAUAUUCUCAAACAAAAGAUAUCAUUUCCUAUCCUUUUUUGCUUGUCAGCCCACAAACUGCACUCUUCAUCGUUUACCACUCUAUACCAUUAGCUACCCAAGUUCCGAGUGGAGAGUUAUUUCAUAAUGUUGUGUUCAUGCUCUUCUCGAUACUUUUGUUGUUUAGCGUGACAGAAAAAAGUCAAAAUCAUACUGUUGAAGGUAUUUCACUGAGAAUUCGGAAUUCUGGCAAUCUGAAAUAACACGAAAUCUAUCCAUUUUCAGUAAAUGCCAAUUGUGUCAGUUUUACUGGCCUUCAGUUUAAGUGUACUACAGAAGUUUUUCAAAGUAUUGAGAGAAAAAAGUGACAAUCUGCUCUCUGUAGUAUCACAGACUAUCGCCUAUCUUAUUUCAUAUAUAAAUCAUGUUGCUUCACAAAUUUAUAAAAUACUGGAGACAUCUAUGAAAAAUAAUUAACUUCAUCUUUCAUAUUUGGUACGUUGUGAAAAUAUUCAAAAGUGUUUGUAUUUAAAUGUAGAUAUAAUAAGAACAUAAUAAAGUCGAAACC